GUGGCGUCAUGCUUAGACUUCCUCCUGUGCCCAAGUCAGAGAUGGCGGUCCCGGCUUCCAACGCCAACAAUCCAAUCGUGUUCUUCGAUAUCAGUAUCGGAGGACAGGAGGUCGGACGAAUGAAGGUGGAACUUUUUGCAGAUGUUGUACCGAAAUCCGCAGAAAAUUUCAGGCAGUUCUGCACCGGAGAGUUCAGAAAAGAUGGUGUUCCCAUAGGGUAUAAAGGAAGCACUUUUCACAGGGUAAUAAAAGACUUCAUGAUCCAAGGUGGAGACUUUGUUAAUGGUGACGGCACAGGAGUGGCAAGUAUCUACAGAGGACCCUUUGCAGAUGAGAACUUCAAGCUCAAGCACUCCGCACCUGGUCUACUUUCCAUGGCCAACAGCGGCCCCGGAACGAAUGGCUGCCAAUUUUUUAUCACUUGCUCGAAGUGCGAUUGGCUGGAUGGCAAGCAUGUGGUAUUUGGCAAAAUCAUCGAUGGACUUCUAGUCAUGAGAAAGAUUGAGAAUGUACCAACCGGCCCCAACAACAAACCCAAACUGCCCGUGAUUAUCGCCCAGUGUGGAGAAAUGUAAUUCCAGAUCUCUUCCCUGGCACCAUGUCACAGGAAGAGCGAGAGGCUCGAGUUGUACAUAUACACGGCUACAUGCCGAGAGCCUUCCCUGAGGAGGUGAGGGUGAAGCAGACGUCUUGUGUGAAGGACUAUGUUCAUGUGAAGUAAUGGACUCCAGGUGUGGGGCCAUUAAUACGUUGGAGACCCCGCUUAUUAUUUUCUUGGUAAAAUCUGAUAUAUUUUGUAUAUCUUUUUCUAAUUAAAGGGAAAAAAAAUGUUAUUGUAUUUUC